UCUCGUCCUUAGAAGAAACCUAAUAAAUAUCUAUACGAAGUUCGAUUGGAGUUUGGAGCAAAAGAAUUUCAGGUUCUGACAAUAAGAAGUAAAUUUUAAAACAAAAGUAUUGUAGGGCAUCUGGUAAAGCCUUUAAAUUUACAAAUAAAAGAUAAUGAUGCCUCGAGAUUUCCAAUAAACACAUCUUAAAUUAAUAGAACGGCAGACUACAAAGCUAAGUUUGAGAACUGGCAACUAGUUUAGUAGGCUCUGAAAUUAAACGAUCUAAAAUAUAUUUUAAUAGUGCUCAGUAUCAUAUUUAGAGCGUACACAAAAAGCUAGAAAAUAAUUCUCAGGAUAAGGCAUAAUUUAAAUCCAGAUACACAAUGUUGCGCAUUCCGGGAAUGCCCCUUCUUCCGGGCACGCUGUUCCGCGAUGUAUCUAAAGGUCACUAUCCAAAGACGCAAUCGUUGUCCAAUUUCCAAGGACUUAGCAUGUUAAGUGAUCGUCAGCAACCGCCUCCAGUCGAAUCAGGGAGCGUUACGGUGGACAUCAGUUGUCCGCCAAUUGGUGCAUCUUCCAUAUAUCCACCUCGAUCGGGUCCUCGUAUGCCACCCUGGUUGGCAUACGACAAGAAGGUUCUGUGUUUCCAUGCGUAUUUCAAGCAAACCCUACAGGAGGUCUAUCAUGCCCCAUAUUUGGUGCGUAAAGUUAAGAUUUAUUAUUAUCUUGAAGACGGUACUUUGGAGAUCUUUGAGCCACGGGUCGAUAAUUCGGGCAUUGUCCAAGGAUGUGUGGUACAUCGCCAACGUGUACCGAAGGCCCCGCCCUGUGACAAUGAGUUUAUGUCGAUGAUCGAUUUAAACGUUGAUCAGACUGUUCAAAUAUUCGAUCGUCAAUAUCAUAUUACUAGCUGUGAUCAGUUCACACGGGACUUUCUUAAUAAACGCGGCAUAACCGUUCCAGAUCCAGUUAAAUCACCAAGCGAUCCUACGCAGUCGUUGAGACAGCGGGAGCUACAACCACGAGGCGGUAACACAGGACCAAAGGCUCAUCCGUUUGCCCAGUUUCUAAAGUUUGAUAGGCAAAUUCUUAAGUUUCAUGGUUACUGGGAUGAUCGAACCGAGUUCGGCGAUGUACGAAAAUUGGAGAUAUGUUACUAUCUAGCCGACGAUACCAUGGAAAUUAAGGAGCAACACAUUCGAAAUUCUGGUCGGGAUGGACCAACCGUGUUUCUAAAACGUGCACGUUUAGCACGAGAAUUCGAGGGACUCCCGCUGCCAGGUCAGAUGACCCCAAUGACCCUGCUAAAUGUUUUGGGUACAAAUAUGCGAAACGUACGCUACUGCGUUGAUCCUUUAAAUACGGGAAACAAAGAGAUCCUCUACUAUAAGGAGCGUGAUCUGCAAAUUGGCAGCGUGAUAAAUGUAUAUGGUCGUGCAGUGGUUAUUACGGAAUUGGAUCCUUUUACCCAAAAUUAUUACCGCCAACGGUUUGGUAUACAGGACUUUACACCUCUACCAAUCCCAACCAGAUCCGAUGAUUGUGCAGAUCACAGAGUUGGUGAACGACAAUUACCACCGUUCAAUGGCUGGGGUAGUUAUGAGGAUUCGGUGGGCAAUUGUAUAUCUGUGGAGCCCAAACCGCCGAGGGCGGAUUUUAAGAAAUUCAUCAAAUACGAUCGUUACGUUUUGCGUUAUGGUGCCAAAAUGCUCUCGACCAUUAAAGCAAAUUGUGAGCGAAUUUUCGUGAUAAGCUAUUAUCUAGCCGAUGAUACCCUGCAAAUUCAGGAGAUUGCUGUUCGGAAUUCGGGUUUCCUUGGUGGCGUAUUCAUGAAACGUUCGCGGUUGGAGUUGCCCGGCCAGGAGAGAUUUUCGUGCAAGCAACCACAGUACUAUAUGCCUUGGAAUUUCUUCAUCGGCUCGACUAUGUCGUUAAAGGAUUUCAUUUUUCAUAUAGUCUCGGCCGAUGAAUACACUCUGAUGUAUAUGGAACAUCAUCCGGAGAUCUUUACCCAAUCAAAUGUUGGACUUAUCAUGGACAAAGUUCGCAACUCCUUGCAGAAUCGUAUGGCCGAGUUUGUAGGUUCAUGUGUUCCGGAUUGUACGGACUUGGAAAAGAAACGAGAUGUCUUCGUAUCGUUUGAGAGCUUUAAGGGAGCCCUGAUUGGUAUCAUUGGAAACCAGAUCAGUGAUCACGAAAUUAUCACUCUGUGUCGUCACUUUUCGGCGGAGAGGAGUCAGCCGAAUGCCUGUAAUAGAUCCAACGUUCAGGCAGCAGCUCAUUUGGAGCUAAAACGAUCCUUGUGGAAUGCACGAGAUGAUCUGAUGGAGCAUUUCCAUCAUAUCAAUCCAACGAAUCAACCAUUCCUGUCGGAAUCCAAAGUACGUUCGGCUCUACGUGGUUGUCGCCUACCGUUUUCUCUGGAACUCAUCGACAAUAUACUAUCCAUAUUGAAUCGUAAUGAGUGCGAUGAUAUCGAAAUAUGCGAUCUAAUGAACUUUAUAGACGUAUCCUGCGGCAAAGGAUGCGCCAUGGUCCCCGUUAAUCAUGCCUUCGAGCUGUGUCCGAAAAUUCCAUUCUUGAAUAAGGGCCGUGUGGUGAACUUCACCUGUUUCCUGCGCGAACUGAAUCUUCCCCUUAACCUGCCAUCUGGUGGGGAAAAGGACCAUGAUACCAUUGGAGAUACCAGGAUUUUGCCACCAACGGUGACAUCAGAACCAGAGUUCCAAAAGCACGAAGAUGAGCCACACGCAGCUCAUCACUAAUAACUUAUAAAGAUUGUUCCUAGCACACACAUAUUUUGUUCCCAAAUUUUUGGUUGUGAAUCAUUUUAUUCUGACUCAAAAUAUAUAAUUCAAAGUCGGUACUUUUUUUCGGGAAUUAUAUUAUUUUAAUCAGAUGGAA